AUGGACAACAGAAUCUAUUCAAGAGUAUAUAUCAAUCCAAAUUUUAACAGAAGAAUAGUAAGUCAACAAUCAGCAUAUAGUAAUGAUGUUGAAUACCCAAGCAUACAAAAUAAGAAAAUUUACAUAAAUCCUAAUUUCAUCACAGCUCAAACAUUUCAAUAUGUCAAUCAAGCAUGGAAAUCUAAAGAGGAAUUGCCACCUCUAGUGCAUGCAGCCACAGUCCCUGAGAACCCACCACAAAUCCAGCUGCCUGUGGAAAAAAAAACUCGUUAUUGUUUAGUGAGACACAGUGAAAAGCGACCUCUGACCUCAAAACCAGGAAAGACAGAAUCACUUACAUUGAAAUUGAGCAAAUAUAAAUCAGUGAAAAUUACAGAUGUAAAAUUGAACCUUAAUAGAGCGAAGCAGCCGCCAAAUCAAUUGAGUACUGGAAGCAAGUCCAUACAGUCAACUUCAAAAGUGUAUGAUCAACAAACACCGAGAGAAAUUUCCUACAAUAACAAAGCUUUUAAAACUCAAUAUUCAUGUACAAAAAACAAACAAUAUGUUAAAAUAAGGACUAACAAACACACUUCGCCAAAUACAACACUGAAAAACAUGUGUAAAGUGAAAAUCCGAAAAUUAAAAGUAAAAUGUAAUAUACCAUGUAGAUUAUUUAGCAAAUAUGGAAAGUGUUUACGGAAUGCUAGGGGCCAUUGCAAAUAUUUACAUGACAAAAAACAUGUUUCCAUCUGUAGAAAAUUUCUUAAAGGUAUUUGCCAUGACCAUGAUUGUCUCCUUUCUCACGAGUUAAGCGAUAAGAAAAUGCCGACUUGUUAUUUCUAUUUAAAAGGAAAAUGUACAAAAGAAUGCUGUCCAUAUUUGCAUGUAAAAGUUAAUGAAAAAGCAAUACUUUGCCCGGAUUUCAUCAAAGGUUAUUGUGAGAAGGGAAACAAAUGUUUACGUCGUCAUGUGAAUGUUGUGAAAAAGAAUUUAAAGAAAUCGACAGUUGAUUCGAGAAGUAAAUCUUUAUAUCAAGUCAAAAACAAACAUUCAGAAAAAUCCAAGGGUUAUAAUGACACUGAAGUUAAGAACAUUAAAACAGUGCCUCCCAAAGAUCCAGAUGAAUCUACUGCCACCAUAGAUUGUCGAUACUACAAAGAAGUAAUUUUGGAUGGUGAAUCAAACGAAUUAUAUCAAAGCAUAAAACCAACUAGAUGUAAAUUAGGAUCAUUACCGUCUUUCAUUAAACUGAGCGAUGAUUAAAAAAAACAAUAAUUCUGUUACAGUAGGCAACCUACUAUUCUGUGGUGUGACUACAAACAUCAUUGACGAGUCGUGCGUAAAGUUGUAAUUGUACAUACUAACAGCGGGACAAUUUAUAUCAAAUAGAAAAAGAGGCAGGAUACAGGUGGUUGGCGCGUACAAAUCGCGCAUUGUAACUUUGAGUCUCGGAAGUUGCUUCAAGUGACAUUCAGCACAGACUUAAUUUACGCACAAAAGUGAUUAAGUAGUAAAUGAAUACGUGUCGUAACGUGGCAGCGUGAGAUAUAUCUAAGACAGGCGGAGCGGGAGCCGAGCACACCGUGUAUUCGUUUACUGCGCAGCCUUUCGCGCAAACUUCAGAGCCGCCAACUUAUUUAGUGCGUACUGUAGUGUCUGUAAUAAGAGAGAAAUCAAAAAGGUACAAACUAAGUACACACAACAUCCAUAUCAAUCUAUGAGCUUUGAUAUAAUGAUGUCAUUCUCUGUACCUAGCUUUUAGUUUUCUAUGCCUUUUUUGUAUAAAUCGUUUAGUUUAAAAAUAUAAUUAUU